GUUUACUUCCGGAAAAGAAGGACGUUUACUUUUUAGGAAACCUUGGAUAGUUUUAGCAUAAGAGAGAAAUUGUGUCUCACGUUUAAUAUAAAUAUAAUCUAAAAUAUAAUAAUUUUUUAAUCAAGACAUACGUUUGAACAAGUCCGAGUAGGACUUUGGCUUGUUGUUACGAUGGCUUUAAACGUGACGAGGUCGUCCUUGUCGUUACGAAAGCUUUGCGAGAUGUCAUGGAGGAUGGGUACGCUCAACAGGAAUGUCCGUGGCCUUUGUGUGGAGGCAGCAUCUCCUCCCACGGUCCCCCCGGAGAGCUGCAACCCCUCCAGCGGCCCCCCCGAGCCUCCUGCCCACUGCUGCAUGAGCGGCUGUCACAACUGCGUGUGGAUCGAGCACGCCGAGCGACUCCUGGCUUACUACAACGACGGCGGCGAGCGAGCACUGGCCGCCGUGGAGGAGAAUGUCCUGGAUGAAAACCUCAAGACCUUCUUGAAGAUGGAGAUACGACUACUUAACAAAACGUGACCGUGCCGAACGACGGCUCCAACAGAACAUCUUUGGUGUCCGCAGAACUUUCCAGACCGAAGACUCCUAUGCUGCUUUUAUUGUGAAGGACAAAGCAGAAGCGUUUGAAGCUUCCCUCUUGGUCGAUCGGAACUGGACGAGCGGACGCUGUCACAGCGUAUUUGUCUCGAGGGCAGACGAAUCUCGGCCCUUUGCACAUUUCAAAUCACUCUUAUCAUUUGCACAUAUUUAUUGCUCUAAUGUGUUGUCGAUUAAACAGCGCCAGAUCCAACUUGUGUCCUUGUUGUUGAUGAGCGCUCGUCGCCACGGCAACCGGACAACGGUGCGUUUGCGCGGGGAUUACGUGACGGAAAAUGACGGAUUAGCGACAUGGUCAUCAUCAGUCGGGGUUACCUCAGGUUCUGAGCGACCUUCACGAUCCCUCAAUUUCUGUCUAAUUUCUGACCGUCUGCCAUCUUUUCAUCAAUUUGACAAUCAUUUGUCCAGUGACCACUUUUAUCCAUGUAUCCAAUACCUCUUUUUCUAUUUUUU